UCUUCCCCAUUUUGCACACACAAAAUCUCUCAAACAAAAUGAUUCAUCAUUGCUCCAUCACAAAACCCACUUUCUCGGUUUCGAUAUCGACCCACAAGCAUCAUCAUUCAGCUAGCUUCUUGAAUUUGGGUUUCAGAAUCCGAUGCGAAUCCGGUGAUGUCUCGUCGUCGUCGAUGCGGUCCAAUGCGUUGUCAUUGUCGUCGGAGAUGGAUGAUUCGUUCUUGAAGAAGAAUCUGAUGGAGUCAGAAGGGAAAAAGAGCGAGCCUUACCCUGGAGGAAUGCCCAAGAUGGGUCCUUUCACAGGGAGAGAUCCGAAUGUUAAGAAACCUUCUUGGUUGAGACAAAAGGCACCGCAGGGAGACAAGUUUCAGGAGGUGAAGGAGUCGCUAUCUCGUCUCAAUCUCAAUACUGUUUGUGAAGAAGCUCAGUGUCCUAAUAUCGGCGAGUGUUGGAAUGGAGGUGGUGAUGGUAUAGCAACUGCAACCAUCAUGGUUCUUGGUGAUACUUGUACUCGUGGCUGUAGAUUUUGUGCAGUUAAAACCAGUAGAAACCCUGCUCCUCCUGAUCCAAUGGAACCAGAGAACACUGCUAAGGCCAUAACCAGUUGGGGUGUAGAUUACAUAGUUAUUACCAGCGUUGACCGCGACGAUCUACCUGAUGGUGGAAGUGGACACUUUGCGCAGACUGUUAAAGCUAUGAAGAGACUUAAGCCGGAUAUAAUGAUAGAGUGCUUAACUUCUGAUUUCCGUGGUGACUUGGAAGCUGUUGACUCUCUGGUACACUCGGGGUUGGAUGUUUUUGCUCACAAUAUCGAGACUGUGAAAAGGCUCCAGCGACUUGUGAGGGAUCCUAGGGCUGGAUAUGAGCAGAGCAUGUCGGUUUUGAAACACGCAAAGAUCAGCAAACCUGGAAUGAUCACAAAGACUUCCAUAAUGCUUGGUCUUGGAGAAACAGACGAAGAGUUGAAGGAAGCAAUGGCUGAUUUAAGAGCUAUCGAUGUUGACAUUCUAACACUUGGCCAGUAUUUACAGCCAACUCCAUUGCAUUUGACUGUGAAAGAGUAUGUCACACCUGAGAAAUUUGAUUUCUGGAAAACCUAUGGAGAAUCCAUUGGAUUUCGCUAUGUUGCAAGUGGUCCAUUGAUGACUAGCGGAUUCGCGGUGUCACCGGCGAUUGUUGCCGCCGUUCGUCCUCCGGCAUCACAAGACUGUUUCUCUGCUGUCUCUGUUAAUGGACCCAAAGCGAUCUACGCUUCUUCUUGUUCUUCAAUCGUCGCAACUAUCUCAUUAUCUACUUCUUAUGGUCGAAGCAAAUGCGCCAUCUCCAUCUCGCGAAAGAAUCCACGAUCGACGAUUCGCCGCGAUAUUACUGUGAAAUCGGCGGCUUCUGUGGACGCUGAUCUUUCGACGCCGGCUUCAUCGGAGACGGAGGAGGAUGAGAAGGCGAAGGCGAAAAUUGGGGCUAGGGUUAGGGUUACGGUGCCGUUGAAGGUUUACCAUGUAGUUCGCGUGCCGGAGGUUGAAUUGAUGGGAAUGGAAGGUUUUAUCAAAGACUACGUCGUCCUCUGGAAAGGGAAGCGAAUCUCAGCUAAUCUGCCGUAUAAGGUACAGUUCGUGAAAGAGAUCGAAGGUCGUGGUCCUGUCAAAUUCUUCACGCAUCUCAAGGAAGACGAGUUUGAGUUUCUUGAUCCGUGAUUUUUGAUACAAAAAAAAGGCAAUCUUUUUCUCCUCUUCACUGAGAAAAUCUGCGUUUAGCGUUGUGAAUGGUUUGUAUUACUUGUGUAUACAUUUAGCAUAUUAUAUACAUACAUUUUCACCGGUGCUUGACU